AUGUCUAUGGAGAACUUGAAGAACUUCUUCAAGAGGAAAUAUCCCAAUGAACCAGAAGAUGAAAUCAUGGUGAGAAUCUUAGAUCAUAUGAAGAACCAAUUCUUCUCUACUUUUCCAACCAAAGCAUCAAAAGAUGAGGACUCAUCUAUGAAGACAAGCUCUUCCAUGGGAUCAAUGGAUUCCCAUAAUUUUGAUGGUUUAGCAGGAGAAGGUCAAGAAGAUGAAGCUUCUGCAGAAGAUUUUUGGGAUGCAAUGAUUCAAUCUUUGAUAGCAAAGGGAAAAGCAAAGAAAUAA